CCGUCACAACAAGUCGCGAAGAAGUGAUUUCAUAUUCCGUGUGUGGCUCUUGUCGCCCCGUUUUCGCGGAGAAAUGCUGCCCGGAGUGGGAAUAUUCGGUACGGGAAACGUGACCAGAGUGCUGGUGCCCCUAUUGCGCGAGAAGGGCUUCCACAUCGAGGCCAUAUGGGGCCGCACGAGCCGCGAAGCCGAGGAGGCCGCCCAGGAGCUCCAGAUUCCCUUCCACACCAGCAAAAUAGACGACGUGCUGCUACGCAAGAGCGUCCAUCUCGUGUUUAUCGUGUGUCAGCCGCUCCUUCACUCGGAGAUCAGCGUCAAAACGCUGGGCAUUGGCAAGCAUCUGGUGUGCGGAAGCAGUGGUUUGGGCCAAACGGACGCCCUAAAGAUGUUCCGCGCGUCGCAGUAUUAUCCCACGCUGAUCGCUCUCGUGAACCACUCGCUGCGCUUCCUGCCCGCCUUCACGCACAUGCGGAAAGCCAUCCAGGAAAGCUACGUAGGUGAAUCCGUGAGCCUAAUUGACAUACGUGUGCAGAUGGGCAGCCUUCUGAGGGAGAAGUUCGACUGGAUCUGCGACGCCACAAUGGGCGGCGGCGUGCUGAAUCUGAUUGGAAGCCACGUGAUCGAUGUCAUCAGCUUCUUGACCGGCCGGAGGGCCACAAGAGUCCAUGGAGUGGUGAGAACAUUCACGAAGACCACCAGUUUCGUCAACGGAAUCCGACAAGUGUCCGCGCCGGAUUUCUGCACCUUCCAAAUGGAGCUGGACGGGGGAAUUCUGGUCACCGCCACACUCCAAAGUCACGUUUCCAACAACACAUUCUCCCAGGAGAUCAUCGUUUGCGGUUCUGAGGGUCAUUUGACGGUCCGUGGAGGCGAUUUAUUUGGGCAGCGCGUGAGCUCGAAGAGCGACAAGGAGGAAGUACUCUUCGUGGACGUUCAGGAUCUGCACUGUCGCACGUCGGACACUCUGCUGCCGCGGCCGUACAUUAAGGGCUUGUGCAAGAUGGUCGGCGCGCUGCGCGAAGCCUUCUUGCCCGUCCAGGAGCAAACAGGGUGGAUCAAGGAACCCGUCCAGAUGGCCGCCACCUUCGAUGACGGCCUGUACGUGCAAGCCGUCCUCGACGCCAUCCAGCGCUCCAGUGAGCAGCGCUCCUGGAUCAAGGUGUCUAUCAUGACGGAGUCGCCCACGAACCAGACGAAGCUCCUCAACGCCGCGCGUCUGUCCGCCGUCACUCUUCACUGA